AAAGGCUACAUGUCAGCAGGUUAAUGGUAUGGAUGUUACUCUGGAGUAUUUUUAUUGGGAUAAUGAGGAUUCUAGUAAUGCAGACGAUGAAAGUUCUGGUACCAACACUCCCUAUCCAGGUGUUAUACUUGGGGGAAUAAAGCUGAAUUUCUGCUACUACCAACCUGCAAGUACCCAGACCUGGCCAUCUGGUACAUACGGUCUUCCUAAACCUCUGACUGGGUGCCCAGCUGGCUGGCUUGAUGGACGUAGAAAGCAUGAUACUGAAGACACACAUCCAAAUAACAACUGGAGCGAUUCUCUUCACUUGGCUGGUUAUCAACAAAGCAGCAGCAUGGAACAUGAAUUCUGCAUGAAGACUUCUACUUCCGGAAGCAUUAACUGGCCCGCAGGAGACUACUGCAUCUACAAGAAAUUGGCGUGUCCAUCAGGUUUCCAGGAAGGUUACAUUUACUGGGAUGAUGAAGAUAGUGGCAAUGCCAAUAGUCAGAGUGGUACUUUGUCCGACGGGGACUACGACAAUAACACAAAGUACAAGUUCUGCUGCCGAGAUGACGGUGUUGUCUCACAGGCUAUCAACCUUCCUACCGCGGAUAACUUUUAUCUCUUUGCAGUGGGAGAUACUUGUCAGCAGGUGGCUGGUAAGACAGUGGUCUCAGAAUGGUUCUACUGGGAUAACGAGGAUUCCUCUAAUGCUGAUAGCCAGUCUGGUGAACACCCAUAUCUUGGUGUGACUGCUAGCGGUGAAAACAUCAAGCUAACCUUCUGUUACUACAACUAGCAAGAAGCCACCGCUAUUGGCACAGCCUGUUUUACCAUGAU